CAACCUCCACUAUCAACUGUUGGCAGGAACAUUCAAUUGAUAUAUGUACCAGAAAUAAAAUGAUUUCGAAUGGAACAAGUCAGAAUACGAGUAUUUUAGACAAAAAGUCGAUCGAGAAAGUGAAAGUUUCCGAGAAGUUUCCACCCCUGGAAAAAUUCAACUGGUUGAUCCAUUUACAACACGUAAGGGGUGAACUAGAGGGGUGCAAAAGUCUGAUAAAGCGGGAACUCGAGAGAAGCAAUGGCAGAAAUGAAUUUGCUCUCCAUAAACAAGGUAAAAUAUUUCGGGAGGAAGGAAAACUACAGGAGGCACUGAAUUCUUUUCAGGCGUGUCUGAGAUUGAAUCCAGAGAACAUCGAAAAUUUGAAAGAAGCUGGAAAAUGCUUGUUUGAACUGCGCAGGUUCAAACUAUCAAAGGACGCUUUCUUGGGAGCGGAAGCGAAAUCGAAGAACCCCGACUGGGAGAUCUACUAUUAUUUAGGACAGUGUCUAAUGAAGCUUGGCGACAUAGACGGGGCCAAAGAAUAUGCCCAUAAAGCGGUGCAACUGGGAAAACAUGAAUUUUGCUACGCUCUAUUCAUUAAAAUACUCAUAUCCCAAGAAGAUUUUAAAUCUGCUGUGGCUGUGUCAAAUGCAGCGGUAGA